AACCCUAGCCACUUUCGUUUCUACUCUGUCCCCUCGUCUCUCUGUUCGCCACAGACGGCGGAACCCCGGUCGCCUUUGACGGCGGAGGAGCCAUCGCGCCGCGCGAGCCGUUUCCCUUAUCCCUUUCCUUUCUUCUUUCGCAGAGGGAGAGAGAGAGCGACGACUGCGCCUCCUCUGCUCCCCCUCGCCUCUCCCUCUUGCUCGCGACGGCGGCCUCUGAACGGGUCGUCGAGCCACCGCGCCACGCGCAGUCGCCGGCGACGGCCACCGCCGUCGCGAUUCUUUCUUUCCCUCUUCUUGAUUUCACCCAUCCACUAACCUCCUGUAUGCGCGCGAGAGAGAGCAGAGGUGUCGCGGCCUUCCGAUGCGGCGCCCCCGCUGACCCCUUUGCCGGCGUGCGCGAGCACCUCGAGGGUGAACGCGCCGCCAUCAAACGGCUUGGUGGUGGUGCUCUUUGCCCCGUGUGGGGUUGGUUCUUCGUUCCCGCACCUCGGCUUGCCGAUGCGUGUGGGGAUCGAGAGGAACAGGCGCGGCCGGAGUGGCGGCGCACUUUGCCGGCGGCCCAAGGCCUUCUCCGGUGUACUUUUGUGUUCUUUUGUUUGCUUUUCAUUGCCCUGUUAGGGUUCUUUGGGGAGGAGGGGAUUUCCUUUUCUUUUCUGUACCGAAAAUCCUAAACCAAUCUCUGGCUGAUACCAUUGAUAGAUCCCUGGAUCGGUUAGGGUUAAGGAUUCACGGUGGUCUUUACCUUUUCCUUGGAUCGGUGAGCCCGAUGGGGUGGCCAUGGUGGAUGGCGGCGGUGGUGAUGGCAGAUCGUGGGCGAAGUGGUGGCGGCGCUUCCCAUCAGCACUGCACUAACCCUAACCUAGAUCGGUAGGGGAUGUAGGUGGGACCUCGUGUUGCGACCCAUGGUCCCACCUCUUUAUAUAUAGUGCAGGUGACAGGGGCCCGUCACCCAUAGUGGGUUGAGCGCCCCCGAUCAGGGCGCGGAUCUAAGGGCCCGGUGGGCCGUUGGGCCCACACGGUGGAGAUCAUCCUAACAGGGUUCACUAUGCGUAGCAACUGAGCUAAUCUGCAUUAUAACCUGCGAAAUACGAUCGCAUAGCUCCAAUAAAAGCUAUUGUGUUGACCUAAAGAAACAUAACAACACAAGUGUUUUUUGAAAAUCAGUAUGCAUCAUAUGAAAUUAUGAAUCGACUGUUUCAACAUGCAUCACCACCCUAGGUUGUGGCGUGCGCUCAGCUUUGCACCCAGCCUGCCACCCGGGUUCCAUUGUUGGGCCCCACAAAUGUGCGUGCCUGGGUUGUUUCUUCUGAAUCAAUACGCUACAGGGGCUAGCCCCUGUUGGUCGAAUUUCGUUUUGGUUGGUCAAAUUAAAUUUGUUGCACUAUCUUUCUCAUGAGAAAAACAGAAAAUGCCAACAAAUCCUAGCUAUGUUUCUACAUCUUCGUCGUAAUAGUCACCUGACACAUCAUCGAGCAUGUGGAGGAGGUGAGCAGCCGUGAGCGCAUGUGGAGGAGGUGAGCAGCCGUGAGCUUGGGGAUACAAGCAAGGAUCUGUCUAGGUUUGAGACCCUGACGCUGAAUGACACACCUCACACACUUGAAUCAGCUGACGGGUAUGUCCAUUAUCCUUUUGUAAGUUACUAAUAACUGGUUUGUUGAAGCGCUGGGUACUUUUUAUGACCCGUAUGGCUGCACCAAUGGGUAGAGUACUUGUUAUGACCCCUAUGGUUGUACACUGGUACUUGUUGGGUGUGUUUGGUAACAAUCUCACCCUAGCAUGGUUGUUCUCUCCUGAGACUGGUGGCAUGUAUCCAUAUCUGAUAGAUUCGGUUACCUUCUCCUUGAGGUGGUGAGGAUGCCACCACGAUUAUGAGAUUAUGAUGGAAAAUGAAUUAUGUAAACAAUGGUAGCAAGAAUUUGUGGAUAAUUCGUUUGAUUCAAACAACUUCUUCUCAGCACACACACUUUCCUCGUGCAUUGAAGAUCGAUUAUUGAUAUCUGUUUUCGUUAGGACUUUCAAGCUUCAAAUUUAGUCACAGUAGACGUUGACUAAAGCAUGGAUGUAAAUUGUUUGGCCUAGGGUGGUGAUACAUGCUGAAACAGUCGAUUCACAAUUUCAUAUGAUGCAUACUGAUAUUCAGAAAACAGUUGUUGUUGUUAGGUUUCUCAACAAAUAGCUUUAAAUGGAGCUAUGCGAUUGUCUUUCGCAUGUCAUAAUGCAGAUUAGCUCAGUUGCUACGCAUAGUGAACCCCACAUCAUCCAUAUUUCUAGAACCUGGUUAGUGAACCCCACGUAGUGAACCUGUCUUAUAUCCAUACACAAAUACUAUAAUCAAAGGUUCAUAGUGAAUAAAGCAAGGUUUAUUACAUGACUUUUCUCCUAUAUCUAAGCAAAGAGUGCUUAUAGUCUAUUAAUGCAAGUUUAAUUAAAUUGAGAAUCAGUUUAUUGCAUCUUGUCCCAUGUUGUAUCACUACACGAACUUUCUUGUAUAUCUAUCUAGAUUACAUUAUUAACCAUGUUUUGCUGACCGGAUUCUUAUAUUUCUGUCUAGGCAGGAAAUAUUUGGAGGAUUUUAUCCACUCGACCAUCAAGGUGAUAUAAAUAUUGAGAGAAGACAAGCUGAAGAGCGAGCUCAAUUUUUCCAAGCACAAGGAUAUUGGCCACUCGACUUUGAAACUAACAGAGAAUAUGCAGACAUGAAAGUUGGAAAACAAACUCAAUCAGUCCAAGCACGGGGACAACAUACUUACGCUUCUAAGGAAGAAGAAAUUGCUGCAAAUGCGAAACGAUGGAUGUGCGAGGAGGCGAUGGUGGCUUUCACAAGAUACAUUGAGAGCAAAGAUGAUCUUAAGGGACUUGAUUAUGAAUUUGACGAGCUUGUCCAUCAAUGUCUUAAUGUGGAGGAUUAUUUAAAGAUAUUCCAUCACUUCAACUUUACUGUCAAUAUAAAGAAGCUUGGCUCAGCUGAUUGGAUGUCGGUGAUGUACUUCGCCGAGGUCAAAUCGAUAUGUAUGAUAAAACUCUAUGCCUGUUAUCCUUUGGAGCAAGAUCAAUAUGGUAAAUGUUAUGCCCGUGAGAACCAAGGAAUGGGUGAACCGAGGCACCCGUUAAAAGGGAUAUACGAUAUGGGCAGGGAAGAUAUACAACCUCCCUUCUAUUAUGAGGACAGUGACUCUGAUGAAUUCGAUCCAGCAACAGUCCGGAGUUUAUCUUCUGAUGAUGAUAUGAGUUGAUGAUGGCCUUGUCCUUUAUUCUAGUACUGUAAGUUAGCUGUAGCUCUUGCAUGCUCUUGAUCUGUUGAUUCCUAGUUGAUUUAUGAAUGUAUUCCUAGCCCCAGCAGCAUCUGAAGAAUAUCGAGUAGCAGGGCAGCAAUGGUUUGUAACACUGGUAUUAUGCGUUGUUGGUUCUAAUGUCACACUCGUAUUUUCUUUGAUGCGA